AUGAUCGAACUAUCCCCCUUUGCAGAACGCAUUGUCGAUCGUAUGAAUAUGAUUGGCAUGUGGCUUGCAGUUGUAAUUUGUGCAAGAAACUUUCAUAUCAGUCUAAAACAGUACAGGCGUACUCGAGUCAUGUUUAUGCGUCUAGUAAUCAUUGAAACAGAGCGUCAUUCGAAAUGGAUCAAAUGCGUGGGAGUAUUCUUCAUCGCAUUACGAUUUGCAGAUUGGCCUUAUGAGCUUUCUUAUUUAAACGUCCAACAUAAGAACAUGACACAAGAAGUCCCAACAGGUGUUACAUGUCUAACGGAAUGGGUUACUGGUGUUCUUAUUCUCAACUUUGUCUCGGACUCGCUUGCCAAUCUAUUCUUGAGUGGAAUGUUUGUUAGAAGAUUGUACAAGCAUAUUAGAAGAUCAAGAACUGUAAUGAGCCAGCAGAAUAGUUUGAUUGAAUAUAUUGCCAGGAAAUCCCUGGUCUGUCUCAUUUUAGCAUUUGUUGCCAACUUUGCAAUGAAUUUGCUUAAAGUGACAGAGUUCCUUGGCGAUAGAACUGAUUCUUUUACGGUGUAUUUUGAGAUUGUCGAAUCAACACUACUGGUAGAGGCUCUGAGAGCAGAUUCUGUCAGUCCAGCAAAUACAUCAAUGUGUAAUAACUGUGGCAUGGCUCUCCACAUAUCUCACAAUAGUAACUCUAUCAAUGUGGGUCGAUCAGACAAACCAGAGCCUGAUUGUGGUUCGCAACCAAGCCAGCAUGACAAUACUUGUCAGAGAGCAGAGAAUUCGGUAUCCAUUUCUACCGAUCCGUAUCUUCCAGAAUUAGACAAAGUUCACCAAGAUUCACUCCAGUACAACCCAUUCGUCUACCCAAAAGACAACACAGUGAACUCUACUGUUUCAGCCCCAACGUUUGCAUUAACGAGUCGUCCAAAACAAGUCUCAUCCCGUUCACCAUUCAAGAGUAGCAACGUCAAAGCCUCAGUAGAAAUUACAUCAUUCUCCUCAAUUGAUGGCCAUAGGCGAUUAGCAGACAACCGUGAAUGGAACAAUAAUGAUUACCGAAUGUUUUAG